AUGUACCAACAAAUUCAAACUUCCUCCUCCUACCCAGCCACAGCCUCUCCUAAUGUAGUCAGUCUUUAAGCCAUUUUGAAUGUCAUUAAAUGCUUAUCAUUUCUUGUUUGUAGAUUUGUAAUGGUGACGAAAUCGGGCCCUGCUGUAAACCUAAAAAUAACCGAAAACAAUGGCCUAACGUAUUGCCGAACGUAUUCAGUUGAUUUGACCUUGGCUAUCAAAUGCCUUUUCCCCUACUACCCUUUUGAAGCUUUGGAAUGGACGACGAGAAGCAGAUUUGGUUCGUUAUUACUAUUUUGUUUACUCACAUGGUGCAAUAGUCUUGCAAAAUAAAUGUUAAAUUAAUACUACCUGAGAUAAAUAGCUGAAUCUCCCGCUAUCGAUCAAGCAAGAUGUGAAAGUUGAACAGAUUUAGAGUCACGGUUACGGCGAUCAGCAAGCGAGUCAGAUUCAAGUGGACAAUUUCUCAAAGCAGGAAAUGAGUAAAUAAAAGCUGUGAAAAAUAAUUCUUAUGGAUAAGUCUGAUUUGAACAUUUUUGGUCACAUGAUACAAAUUGAUGUUCGCCUUUUGCUGUUAACGUGAUUCUAAAUCACUCGAUUAGCAUCAUAUGAUAGCUUCAAUUUAUUCCAAGAACAAAAAGAGAACAACAAACUUACAAAUAACGGAAAAGUAAACAUUUCCCAGUGACCGAAGUAGCUUCAAUCGUAAGAGCUUGUUACUGACACUUGUGAAGACUUAAAGAUAUCUUUAAAAGAAUGAAGGGCAACUAUAAGUAAAACUUACUAUUUUCUUUAAAAAAAGAACAUCGCGGGAAACCAUGUAUCGACAGUCUUAACCUUAUUCAGACAGCAGGGUCUUUUGGAACUCCCCCAACCGCCCCGAGCCAAAAAUUUGAAUAACUUGAAAACCGUUUAAGCUAUGUCCACCAAAAUUAGCGCCUUUUUUUAAUUAUCUAGAAACAUUUUAAAGUCGUCAUGACGUGUACGUCAACUUGACUUUGCCAUUCCCCCGCGAAAUGACGUCCGAGAAAUGAGCGCAGAAAUUCCAUGCUCACUACCCAGAUCUGGGUAGUGCUUCUGAUUGGUCGUGCCGCGUGGAAAAUUUGCUUCAACUAAUCAGAAGCACUACCCAGAUCUGAGUAGUGACAAGUCAUCAAUUUCUGCGUUCAUUUCUCAGACGUCAUUUCGCGGGGAAACCAGUUGUGGCAGGCAUGUCAUAAAACAUGGACUGGACUGGAUUGGUAAAACAUGGACGGGAGUAAUAAAACAUGGAUUAAUAAAACGGGGAGUGAUAAAACAUAGAUUAACAAGACGCUUUUAUUGGAGAGUAAACUUCGGCGUCGUGGUUGUGGAUUGAUUAAGAAUGCGGAGGUAUAGUAAGAAAUGAUAUUUUUCCAGAUACCCUUCCAUAAAAAUACCCUUACUUUUCUCCUUUUGUGUAACAGAUGUCUUAACUUCUUCACAGGAAGUCUGCUACGCAGGUACAUGACCGUGGGUGUAACCCAAUUCGAUUAUAAUUUCUGUCAUAAAUAGAUUGAUCUCAAUUCCACUUCUUGUAUUUCCUCUACAACAACACUUUCCUUAAUGUACAGUUAACUUCACACUUUCUCCAGCAACGUAACUAAAUUAAAUCAGUACACUCCCCUAAAAAACUUGCUGAAAAUGCACAACUUCAGGAUAAUUCAUGAACAACAUCGCAAUAUAAAGUAGAAAUACGUAUCUCGCAAUAACCCUCGCGAAAUUCGGUUCUUUAGUAACCGUACUCAAGUUAAGCCCUGUCGGGCGGGGCAAGAAACUGGAUGGGUGACCCACGAGCCGUUAGGCGAGUGAAAUUUGAGACAAUUUUGAUAUAUCACGAGUGGUAUUUAUGCAGAAUGUCACGUACAAAUCAUGCUAUUAUUUGUUUAUACUACUACCCACAAAUGGUUUGUAAUUUUCACAUGUGGCUAUUUCAAAUUAAGCUGAAAUACCACUGCUCUAAGCCAAUCAAAUUGCAGAAAUUUCUCAUGUAGUAGUAUAAUAGGGGAAAUACAGAAAGUGGAACUGAGAUUUCGUCGUGCGCAAUUUACAGCCACGGUCAUGCACCUAGCAGUCUGUUACACAAAAGGAGAAAAGUAAGGGUAUUUUUAAGGAAGGGUAUAUCCAGAAAAACAUCAUUUCUUACUAUUCCUCCGCAUUCUCAAUUAAUCCACAACCACGACGCCGAAGUGUACCGUCCCUAAAAGCGUCUUUUUAAUCUAUGUUUUAUCACUGCAUGUUUUAUUAAUCCAUGUUCUUUCAAUCUCGUCCAUGUUUUCCCAACCAGUCCAGUCCAUGUUUUAUCACAUGCCGUCGUGGCAUCGUGAAAUGUCGGCUGUUUUCUCAGGCUAUUUUAAUAUAUUGUAGAAUUACACUCAAUUUAGCCGCAUGUUAUCAAAUUUUUUAUAAUGUUAUGUAAUCCAGGCUUUUUAAAGACUGAUUGGGGAAAAAAAUCUAAAAUGACCGUAUGACACUGAGAUGUUGGGUUCCUGAAUUUCUAUUAGUGUUUAUAUCUUACGGAAUUUCACCGCUUGCCGAUUCAGUACACAGGUCAAGUUUUCAACUACGACUGCCUCGAUUUAUACGGGUUUUAAGUAAAAUGGAACACCUGUUCAAAUUAGUUCAAAAUGGCAGAUCAAAGAUGGCGCAUGGUUUUGGACCCUUAUUUAUUAACAAAUGACGUCAUUAUGACAUCACUGCUAUUUUUGACGAUCAUUUACGGAUGAGUCACAUUAUAUAUUUCCAUUCACACCAGACCACACCAAUUUUAAUUGCAAAAUUUCAAAAUUUAAUUGCAAAAUCUAAAUUUAACAAUCUGACGUCAUAAUGACGUCAUAACACGCCAUUGUGUCAGUUAAGUUUUGCCAAAAUGUUGGAAAUAAUGAGUACAUUACUCUGUUAAAAUUUUGGUGGCCGUAUCAUGAGCGUUUUCAAGUUAUAGAGGGGGCUCCAGGAGCACCCCCUGGUCGCAGCAAGCAAACAAAAAGCCCGGUCUGAUUAGGUUUGAUAUCAGGGCACUUGUCAGGACCCUCAAAUCUGCCGACUCGGGUUAAAGGUGGCAAAGAGAACAACACUUAUCAUCUUUCUUUUAUAUUUGAAUGACUUUCAGGUUGGCCCAGUCUGGAGCCCAUUCAAGAUUUUAUUGCGAGUGGGUUUCACCUUGUUGCCAAAGCAGCCAGCAGUUACGAAACAGCCAACGGAUCUAGCUGGCGUUUGUCCUUCUCGGAAGUUGAAAAGAAGCUCUUCAAGUGGUCUGCGAAUGCAUAUUCUUGCCUUAAUGAGGUUUUGCGAAGAUUGAAGACUAUAAUAAAAGCUAAUAACUGGUAUCCAUUAACUUCUUACCACAUGAAAACAAUAUUGUUCUAUGAGUGUGAGGCCAAGCCACAUCCAUUCUUAUGGGGCUUUGAUCAGUUGAGCUACAGAUUGAUUGAUUGUUUGUUGAGGUUAAAACAAAGCUUAAUAACGGGAUUUUGCCCAAAUUAUUUCAUGAGAAUCAUCAAUCAAUUUGAGUCUUUUCCACCGCAUGAACGAUAUCGGUUAACUGCAGAGGUGCAUCAG